AUGGAAUUGCAGUAUAAAGAAGUAUUCAAUGCCGCUCAGAAGCUAAGGCCCCAAAACCAGAUAGAGGAAAAUCCAUUGAAUGAAAAAAGAAAGAGGACGUCGUAUAGCUCAGCGCAGAUUGUGGAGCUCGAAAGAGUAUUCGACAUGGAUAAUUACUUGUCCAUUGCCGGUCGAGUACAAUUGGCGAAAGAGAUGGGCCUUACGGAAAAUCAAGUAACAAUAUCGUUUCAAAAUCGCCGAUCGAAAGUAAAGAAAGAAAAUAGAGACAGCCCUGAUAGCGGAAACAUCCCACCAUUGUUUGGUCAGCAACAACUGUACCCCGCACAACCGCCCAUUUCCACCUUAAAUCAGCAGGGACAACAAUCGUGGAUGCCACAAAAGCAAUUCUAUGGUUGUGGAAUCCAGCAGCAACCGUUUUUGCGUCCAUGUGAUGUAGCUGCUCAACAACUUGAAGUUGCAAAGCAGAUGCCGUACCUGACAAGCUCAAAAGCCACGGUACCUUUAACUUCGACCGACAAAGUGUACCAUCAUUUUUCUGUUGCUGCUCAUUACUCCAGCAGUAUCGAAGGAAAUCAUGUAAACGGCCCCAACUAUAGUUGCCAAGUCAAUGUACUUGAACUAGAGCAGCAGCUUCUCCCGCAGCCAGGACAACAGCAGCACCAGCAGCCCCAAUCAACGCAUCAACAUCUACAACCAGAAAAACGAUCGCUGCUGGAUGCAUUUUUUGAUAGUUUUUCGUGCACGGUGUAUGACGACCCACUGGAGGAUUUUAUUGUUGAAUUACCUAGCGGUGAAAUUAUUAACCAGAAUGACUUUUAUAAGGAAAUAACUUUGAUCUCGUUGUACAUUCAAUACAGGGGGCUACGUGCCCUGCUCCAUCCGCUCACAGAUAAUGUCACAACGAUGAGAGUAUUACAAGAAUAUGUGGAAAUUGAUUGA